UUACUAUGUUAAAUACCUUUCUUGCACUUGCACACCCUUCUUUUGCUUCAGCUUAAAUAUGUUCAUACACACACGAAAAAAAAAUAACGAAAGCCCUAUUUGGUCAUUUAACCAAAUCCAAGACCACUUCUCUCUCUUCCACCACUACUCGCCUCUCCAUAUACUACUACCCUUCUUCCCUCUCCUUCUCUCUCUCUCUCUCUCUCUCUCACUCAGAAGUUAGAAAUGGAGGCGAGGAGACUACUCUCUGUGCUUCUCUUCCUCACAAUCUCAUACUCUACUCACGCCCACAACAUCACUCGCCUCCUUGCCAAGCACCCCACCUUCUCCACCUUCAAUCAUUACCUCACUCUCACCCACUUGGCCCCCGAAAUCAACACCCGCACCACCAUCACCAUCUGCGCAAUUGAUAACGCCGCCAUGUCCCACCUCCUCUCCAAACACCUCUCUCUUUACGCUCUCAAAAACAUCCUCUCAAUGCACGUCCUCCUCGACUACUUUGGCUCCAAGAAGCUCCACCAGAUCACCAAUGGCACCGCCCUCGCUGCCACUAUGUUCCAGGCCACUGGUUCCGCUCCCGGAUCCUCUGGAUUCGUUAACAUAACCGAUUUGAAAGGCGGGAAGGUCGGCUUCGGAACCGCCGCACCCGACGGAGCUGAUCUUGAUGUCUUCUAUGUCAAGAGCUUGGAGGAAGUGCCCUACAAUAUAUCGGUGAUUCAGAUCAGUAAGGUCUUGGAGUCUGACGUCGCUGAGGGCCCGGCUCCUGGUCCGGCCCAAGUCAAUUUGACUGGGAUCAUGUUGGCCCACGGUUGCAAGGUAUUUGCUGAUACUCUGUUGGCCAAUCCUGAGGCUUCCAAGACAUACCAGGACAGUGUUGAUGGGGGAUUAACAGUGUUCUGUCCUCUUGAUGAUCCAUUCAAAGCAUUUUUACCAAAAUUCAAGAACCUAUCAGCGCCGGCCAAAGUAUCAUUCCUUGAAUUCUUUGGUGUGCCUGUGUAUCAAUCAUUGUCCAUGUUGAAGUCCAACAAUGGGGUUAUGAACACACUAGCUACCGAUGGAGCAAGCAAGUUCGAUUUCACCGUUCAGAAUGAUGGUGAACAAGUGACACUGAAGACCAAGAGCACAACAGCAAGAAUCACUGGGACUUUGAUUGAUGAGCAGCCAUUGGCAAUAUAUUCAAUUGACAAGGUUUUAUUGCCUAAGGAGUUGUUCAAAGCCGGGGCACCUACUCCAGCCCCCGCACCUGCCCCGGAGAAGGCGGCUGACGCCCCAAAAUCUAGCAAGGACGUAGCAGGCGCUCCUGCUUCUGACUCCGCCCCAGCUGAUUCUCCAGAUGCAGAUGGUGAUGUUGCAGAUCAAAGGGCUGAUGACAAUGCUGGUGUGAGAUAUGGCAGCAGAAGACUCGCUGCUGCGACAUUGAGUUUGUUUCUAGGUUUGUUACUUCUGUAAGUUAUUGGUUUUAGUUUUUGCCUAUCUAGUUACUUCCACUUACGUUUAGAGGGAAUGAGUGAGUCGUUAAUAAUAUCUUUUAGCAUUCUGUUUUUUGGUUGUGUUUGUAUUUGUGUGAGAGAUUCUUUUCUUUUCUUUUUUAUUUUUUAUUUUCAUUUUUUAUUUUUGGGUUAGAGGAGGUUACUUAUGGUUUCUCCAUGUUUUCUCUGGUUUUGUGUGUGGGAUGUACGUUUGGCAAGUGUUGUUAUAGACAUAUUUUGUAGAUAUUGUAAUACACGUUGUUGCCACCAAA